UCUCCUCUCAUAUAAGAGAGAGGUUUAGGGUUUCAGGGUUUCAUUUCUCGGCCUCACAGGAGAACAGAAGAGAGAGGGGAGAGGAGGUGAGAGAGAUGAAGACUAUCUUAGCGUCACAGACGAUGGAUGUUCCAGAUGGAGUGAAGAUCAAGGUAAAAGCGAAGAUGAUCGAGGUGGAGGGUCCCCGCGGCAAACUCACGAGGAACUUUAAACAUCUGAAUCUGGAUUUCCAGCUGAUCGAAGGUGGUAAGAAAAUGAAGGUCGAAGCGUGGUUUGGAUCGAGGAAGACGAUGGCCGCCAUCCGUACCGCUAUCAGCCACGUACAGAAUCUCAUCACCGGCGUCACCAAAGGCUACCGUUACAAGAUGAGAUUCGUCUACGCUCACUUCCCCAUCAACGCCAGCAUCACCAACGGCAACAAGAGUAUUGAGAUCCGCAACUUUCUCGGCGAGAAGAAGGUGCGGAAGGUUGAUAUGCUUGAUGGCGUAUCUAUUCUCCGGUCUGAGAAGGUCAAGGACGAACUUGUUUUAGAUGGGAAUGAUGUUGAGCUUGUUUCGCGCUCAGCAGCCCUGAUAAACCAGAAAUGCCAUGUGAAAAACAAGGACAUAAGGAAGUUUCUUGACGGUAUUUAUGUCAGUGAAAGGGCAACCAUUACUGAAGAGGAUAACUGAAGUAGGUAGGUAUCGUUGGUAGAUGCUGUGGAGAGAUUUUGUUUUGGUAGUAGGCUGGCAUUUUUCCAGACUGUUUGGAGAUAUAUAUGAUAGUGGUUGAAAACAUUGUGGUUCAUGUAUUUUGAGUAUGGGAUCUCUUUGGAGAUUAAAGAUUUUUUCUUGGUUUUUU